UCCCAACCUGGGGAUCACGGGGUACCCCCAUGGGGCUGGGUGCUGGGCCGCCCUGCACGGGCGCAGUGUGACCAGUAUUUGCAUUCCAGGCGCCCGCACACACCCAGCUAUUUGCAGUCCUGACCCUUGUCCUGGCUCGGCCACGCUGGAUUCCUAGCCCAGGCCUCCCUCUCAGUUCCCUUACCCGAAAGAAGCUCGGCAAGGGCGAGUCCCGGAAGGCGCAGCUGUGAUCUGGGAGGCGCUGAGCUCUCACCUGCGACCCAUGGCUGGGGAGGGCCCAGUAAUGACAGCAUGGCAGUGCCCCCAAGAGGGAGGGGCCAUCGAACCCACCGAGACAAACCUGACACGUUCUUCCCUGCAGGGGUGCAGUGGGCAGAGCCCAGUCCUGAGAGGCCCACGCGGAGCUGCAGGAGCCGACCCUGGAGAUCACAUGAUGGCCUCGGAGCACAGGGAUGUCCUCGUGCUGCUGCCCAGCCGGGAGCAACUGCGGGUGGCCGUGGGGGUGAAGGCCACUGGCCUCGAGCUUUUCCAGCAAGUGUGCAACGUGCUGAGCAUCAGAGACACCCAGUUCUUCGGCCUCUGUGUGGUCAGAAACAAUGAGUAUAUAUUUAUGGAUCUAGAGCAAAAGCUCAGCAAGUACUUCCCAAAAGAUUGGAAGAGAGAAACAUAUCAAGGAAGCAAGAAAUGCAAAGCGCCCUUCGUGGCCUUCCUCCGCGUGCGGCACUAUGUGGAAAACGGAAGAAUCAUCAGUGACCCCCGGGCACGGCACCUGUACUACUGCCACCUGAAGGAGCGCAUGCUGCAGUCCCAGUGCGCCCACCAGGAGGAGGCCUACUUCCUGCUGGCCAGCUGCGCGCUGUAGGCCGACCAGGGCGAGCAGCGGGAGCCGGCCCACACCAGAAGGUACUUCGAGCUGCACUCCUACUUCCCACAGUGGAUCAUCACCAAGAGGGGGAUUGACUACAUCCUCCGGCACAUGCCCGCCCUGCUCCGAGAGCGCCAGGGCUUGAGCCCCAAGGAGGCCAUGCUGCGCUUCAUCCAGGAGGCCUGCCGGCUGGAGGACGUGCCCGUGCACUUCUUUAGGCUGUACAAGGAUAAGGAGGAAGCUUUCCCCACUGUGAUCCUGGGACUGACACUCAGGGGAGUGCACAUCUACCAGGAGGUGAACCGAGCUCCACAGCUGCUGUACGACUUCCCCUGGCCCCACGUCGGGAAGAUGGCAUUUCUGGUGGGUAAGCUGGAGAUCUGGCUGGACGGGCUGCCCUCAGCACGGAAGCUGGUUUACUACACGGGCUGCGUCUGGCGCUCACAGCACCUGCUGCACCUGCUGGGCACCAGCCACCAGCUCCAGCUCCUCACGCGGCCCACGCUGCACGUGCUGCGGCAGCGGGAGGAGGCGGAAGAGAAGCAGCGCUACCGGGAGUCGUACAUCAGCGAUGGGCUGGAGCUGGACCUGGACCCAUCCAGCAGGGGCUCCCCGGGCAGUGGGGGCAGCAGGAACAGCGGGGACAGUAGCCAGCACUGCCCCCACAGCCUCUCACUCCACUCCACCGACAGCCACAGCAGCUCCCACACAUCAGACAUCAAGGCAGACUCCCGGCUCAGGGAAUCCAGGGAGAUGCCUGUGGACUCGCCCUCAGAGGUCCAGGGGCUCCAUGAGAAGGCACCAUCCUCCGGCCCCAGGACCAGUGGCAGCUGCCCCAGCACACAUGAUGACAGCCAAGCCACUUGCCGGGAGCCCUGCACCCAUGUCAGGACCAGAGGCCAGAGUGCUCAGGUCAUGUACCAGAUCCGGGAGAUGAACGCCGGAGUCAGUGAGGAGCAGCACAGCCACAGCUUGGAAGAUACGCGUCUGCGCCAGCUGGCCCUGCACCCAGAGCCCACCUCACUCAGCCACACCUUCCACUGCACCCUGGACCUCAGGCUGGCAUCCCCCUGCGAGACCAGGGCCACUCUCCCCAGCAACAAGUCCAGGAACUGCCUGGCUCUGGACCUGCUCGGGGAGGCCCCGCCCCCACAGGAGUUUGUGGUGUAGGCACCAUCCACCCAGCAGCACCAUCUACACCGCCAGCCUCAGGUCAGCCCCCACCCACCCACUGCCACAUGGCCCUUGGCCCUUCCUGCCCACCGGAUGCUGUCCCCACCUCCACAGCCAGCAUGCUCCACAGGCUCACCUGGGACAGGUGUGGAGCCGGCUCGGACAUCAACCUGGGAGG